ACCGCGCAUGCGCGUUUCUUCAGCGGCAAUGUGGAGUUAAUUUGACUUUUUGUUAUUGUGCUGCAAAAUAUGAUUUUUAGGUUACAUUUUAAUUGCGAAAUUUGCGCACAUUUGUCGACAAAAGGUUUGGAUAGGUCUGACGUGCGUGUUUAUACUGCGUAAGCUAAUGGUGGAGUUCACCGGAAGUGCUUAUUCAGUAAACAUUAUUACUCAUUUCUUAAUACCCUUCACAGUUAGACAACACAGCGAGUAACUUUUGCACUUUCUUGUACAUGAAGCAGCGAGAAAGUUGGGUUGCAUACAACACUAACGAAUUCGUCUUCGCAACCUAAUUAAAUAGUCUGUGUCUCUUCGUAUGCACAGAUGCCAGGCUUUGAGCUGGAGCAGGUGGACGGUGGCAGUCCUAUAGAGCUGCCCUAUGGAGAAACUGUCCUGGGGAGAGGACCCUUUCUAGGGGUGAACGAUAAGAGGGUGUCCAGGAACCACGGCAUCCUGGAGAACCAAAACGGUCAACUGCGUCUGAAGCCUACACACCUGAACCCAUGUUUUAUUCAGACGAACAUUGUGGCCAGCCCUCAGCCGCUGGAGAAGGACCAGUGGCACUGCCUAAAGGAGGGAGACAUCUUUUCUCUCAUGCCCGGGAAAUACAUUUACAGAGUGCGUGUCAAAGAAGAGGAUCAAACCCUCAGAAACAGUCAGGCAUUUGAGGAGGAGGUGGAGAAGUGUUUGACUGGACCAGCAGGGCUCUCUGAAGACGCCGCCACACUUGAAGCCAACAGCUGCGUGCCCACGAGCCCCAGCUCCACACUCCCAGGAGAUAAAGGAGCGGGUGCUUCAGCACACACUCUUUGCUCUCUAACCCAGGUGCCCACAAAGAGCCAACACGACGAGUCUAUUCUGCCACAGAAGAAGCGUAUCUUGCCAGCCUGGAUGAUGACUUCAGCUACCACAAGCCCAUCAACUGCCAAAGCAGUGAGGGGGACUCCUAUAAAACCCAAACGAGUAGCUACACCAAAGCGGGCAACUGGACCCAAACGAGCUCGAGCCGCUCAGCUGUCAUCUGAGGAAGAGGAGUCGGAAGAAGAGGUGCCCAAAAGGAAAACAAAGAGACUGAAGAGUGACUCUGAAGAUGAGUCGGUGCCUCUGGUAUCUCUGGAUGAUGCAGCAGCUCUCAAGAGUAGUGGAGUCCCAGACGGAGAGAACAGCAGCGGUUUGAUGGAGCGUGAUGAUGAGGAGACAAGAGGAGCUGAGGUCAGACGAGGAGCUCAAGCUGAAGACUCAAAGACACAAGCAGAAGAUCCCAGUGAUUCUCAGGUCAGCCAGGGACCCUCGCAGAGGUCAAAGAUCAUGGAGGCCGAGAGCAAAACAAGCACCAGUAAGGUGAAAAAACAGCGCCGGACGCCGUGUGCUUACGGCAGCUCCUGCUACAGGAAAAAUCCGCUCCACUUUCAGGAGUGCAGUCACCCCGGAGACAGCGACUAUGAGGACAAGGAGGCAGAGGAUGCCGAUGAUGAUGACAGGCCGGAGUGUCCAUACGGAACCCACUGCUACAGGAAGAAUCUGCUUCACAAGAUGGACUACAAACACACUAAAUCGCCACCCAAGACCGCUGCCGAUGAAGAGGAUGAAGAUCACUACGAAAACAGUUUUAUUAAUGACGAGAGUGAGGAGGAAGAGGUGGAUGAAGACUCGGACUAUGUGCCCGAAUCGGAUGACAGUGGAAAAGGAGAGGACGUUAAACGGCUGCAGAAAGAGGCAAAAGCAUUCCUCAGGAGGAAGAAGUGACUCGUUUGGGGUAGAUUACAUGAAAACUGCUUCUUCACACUAAUCUCACAAAGACUAUGAAACAUCUGACACUGGGUUUGACACAAUCCCUGUCCAUGGAGGCAUUUUAUUCAGUUUUAUAGAUUUAGUUUUAGAUUACCUUCAUUACAUUUUGCCUUCACAUUUUAAGGAAUGGUUCACCCAGAAAGGAACUUUACGAAUUUUACCUUUUUUUUUUUUUCUCUCUCCCUAAAUUUUAUUUUCUUCGCUAUCUUAUGUUUGUUUGUUUGUUUUCAGAGCCACUUUUUUUUCUUUCUUUUUUUUUUUUUUACACUUGCUCUUAUCCCAGCCUGUCUCAUUGUGUCUGUGAGUGUUUGUAUAAAGGCUGCUACUUCGUAAGUGUCUUGUUUUGUUGGUUGUAUGAAUUCAGUUAAUUAUAGUAAUGUUGGCUUUUA